AUGGGGGUGGGGUGGAGAGGGCACCAGAGCACACCUGGGGCCUGUGUUGGGGAGGCCCUCCAGGUCCACCAGUUUGGGGUACAGAGGAAGGAGGGGACCGAGGAGGAGAAGGCCUCCAUCUCAGGGACAGCGCCUGGGCUGCCUGGACCUGGACACCUGGAUUUGCCACCAGCAACCUCAGGGACACUUACAAGUGUCACGACAGCGAAGACCUUGACAACCACAAGCAGAGCCCAAGCUACACUGUCCACCAGCCUGGCCACAGAGAGUGCCACCCCUGGUCCCAGGAGCCAGGACCUCUACCAUGGCCAGGGCCCAGGGCUCCCUGUGCUGCUCCUCCUGCUGUCCCUCCUGCUGCUCCUCCUGGUGGGCUCCUCGCUGCUGGUCUGGAGGAGGCUGCAGAAACGGGUCAAAGCUGGUGAGCGCUCAGAACUGUCCCAGGACCUCAGGCAGGCUGCCGGGCAGAGUGAGCCCUACUACACAAAUCUGACGCUGCAGACGUGGUCCCUGCGGGAAGAGCCAGUGCCCCCGAGGCAGGCGGAGGUGGAGUACAGCAUGUUGGCCUUUCCCCGGGAGGAGCCUCACUACAGCUCCGUGGUGUUGGACUCUCCGAGGCCAGACUCCAGCGCCAGCGGGGCUCCCUCCCAGAGGCCCCCCGAGGAGGUCCCAGAGUACAGCGUGAUCAGGAAGCCCAGGGCUAAGGAGGGCUAAGGCCCCCCCUGUGCCCGCAGCCCGCUGCCCUCCAUGGGGACCGCCAGGCAGCCAAGCUCCCUGUGGCUUGUCCUCCCCACGCCAUCAGCCCAGCUGGCUCCACGGAGGACAAACAGGAAUGGGGUCCUCAGGGACCAGAGGGAAGCCCCCGUCUCUGUCCUCUCUUCCUCUGCUUCAUUCUGCCCCUGUGUGUGGAGGAUGCAGCUCCUGGUCCCCUGUGGCUCCAGGAAGUGACGCGGCUCACAUAGGAUGGCGCCUGCCACCCUCCUUGUAAACAAGGGCUCCACAGCCAGGUCGGGAUGGCGGGCAGGAGGCGGGCUGGCCAGAGGGGCCAGGAGAAGGCGGGCAGUGCUGGGGCCUGCGCAGGGGCCAGAGAGGCCACGGAACGUCCCCUCCCUUCCCAUCCCACACCUAAGGAACAGCCGGAGGAGAAGAGCUGAUGACGGCAGGUUCCCUGGACUCUACUGUCAACACAAGGCACAGAAAUAAAGUCCUCCGCCCCAGAAAGGGGGACAAGAAAAAAAGUCACUUAAAUGAAGCCAGGCCCCUGCCUGCAAUGCCAUCUCAAGGGUGUCCUGGCUUUGAGCCCAGGCUGGCACCGAGGAGCUCUGAGGACGGAGGGCUUGGGACACCCUUCAAGGCGUCCACUGCUGGGACCACAGCAGGGUCUUCUUUCUGGAGAGAUUCAUAAGGAAGGUAACUGGGUGGGGCGCAGCCUGAGGGCCCACUUGCCCCCCCCCCCUCCUCUGUGUGACCGGGGCGUGGAGCUGACAUGACCGCCAGAUGGCACCUUGGCCAGCUGUCUUCCGGGGUGCGCCUUCUGCUUCCCGAGGACUCUUUAAGGGCUGGGGUCCCCGGGCUGCUCCCAUGGCGUUGGCUUUAGAUUUUGAGUGGCUUGUGAGUGCGCCUGAGCCAUCCCAGACACUGUCCCUUCUUAGACUAAGGCUCUGAGCUGCAGAAGGGGACACACACACACACACACAGGCAGGUGCACACGCGGCCACAGCCAGUCUUGCUGGGCUGGGGAAGGGGCUGGGGUCAGCACGGCCCUGUGGUGCCCCUCACAGAGCCCUGGGAUGCCCUUGCCCUGUCCUUGCUCGGCCUGAGCCAGCAGGUGUGGGGCGCACAGCCGUGGGCGCUGGCUCUGCAGACGGGACCCGUUCCCCUGAGGAGAGGUGGGGAAGCCAUGGCCAAAUUAACAGGGGACUGGGCCCCAAAAAGGGCAGGUACAAGUUCAGAGCCCCUGGGUGACCCCACUUGGGCUGUAAAGUGGGAGUGGGAGGAGGGAGGCCCCUGCUCCCUGGGGGGCACUCAUCUCUGGGGAAAUCCCAGGCCCCCACCCUACAGCCAAGCACAGCCCCCAAAGCCACGGUCCCCAUGUCCCCUCCUCUAUUUCCUCAUCCACCUCACCGUCUCUCCACGGCCUGGACAGACCGAGGGCAGCUGCCACGCUUUCAUCCCAGAGCAUUUGUGGACAGUCUGCUCUAUGCCGACUGGUAGGCGGGGCCCUGGGGACAUGUGUGACACAGCCCCCGCCCCAGGUGAACUCUCAGGCUUGGAAGGAUGAGGAAGUGGCCUUCUUCACUCACCUCCCGCUGGGGGCUGGACAGGGGAGGGAGGCCUCUGCAGGCAGCUGUCCCCACUCCCAGGGACGGGAAGGGACGAUGCUGACUGAGCACUCAUCAGGCCCAGGGAAAGGUGAGCGGGCGUUGAAACUUAAGCCACAGAGGCCAGGGGUGAAGUAUGGUGGCCCGUAUGGGGAGCUCCAGGACGCUUGGGAGUAAGUGACAAGGUAAACUGCUUGUCCCUGAGGAUGGGUGACCAUUUCAAGAAACAGUGUGUUCUUGUUUCGUUUUUCUUUCAUUUUUAAGCUGCCUGUCCCUAGAAAUAAAUAGGACGGGAGAAAAGCUGAUCGCCCCUGAGGAACAGAUAGGGAGAGAGAACGGAUGGACGUUUCAAGAAAAUAGAAAAAUUGAUGCAAUGUG